AAAACACAGCCUCUCUGAGGAUGGUGAAACGGGGCUGCUCACCAUCAGAGCGUUACGGUUUAUAAUAGAUGGUACCCCCGGGAAGGGGCGACCACCAGGGAUCAGCGCAUUCUGCCCCUGGCACACACACAGGGCUCGCCGGACAGCCUGCACAAGUCACAGUCACGUUUCGGGAAAGUCUCCCCCUUCCUGGCCAUCUGGGGCACGGGUACACCCGUCUGAAGUGGAAGACCUGGGCAGAGCCUUCCCCAAAAGCUGGCACUCCAGUCGGCCGUGCCUUUCUACCGCCGUGGCCAGCCGGGUUUUUAAACCAGUCACAUACUGCCUCUAAUUGCUCUCUAACGAGAUACUCCCUUGCAAGGACUAAUUACGGCGGGGCAGUGUGGUGGGCACAGUGAUGCAACAGUUUCCCCGUGUUUUUUCCUCCUCUCAAAUGAAACCCCGUUGCGUCAGGGAACCCCCGGACUCUUCAGAGAGCGGCGCGUCGGGGAGCGCGGGGCCCUGCGUGCCACCUCUGCGACCUGGCACGGGAGAGGAGACGCUGCAGCUGGCUUCUAUGGCGAAGGCACUUGCCCAGUAAGAGUAUUUCAGAUCGGGCUAGCAGCUCGUCGACUUCCUUCCUCAUUCGUUUCAAACCCCGCUGAGUCCUCGGGAAGGGAUACACACAGUUCACACGGCGAUCCGAGCCCUGCGGGACCCGCUGCCCGCAUCAGGGCAGGAGCCGCGCUGAGCCCCUCAAAGCCACAGUGUCGCGCCCACACCGGGGCAGCCGACUGUCAGGUUUACCCGCAGCCGGGCAAUCACCCCAACAAGCCGCCCGUCCGCCCGGCAGGACCCCCACGGUAGCGUCUCAGCCAGCAGCAGGGUAACUUGAGCGAUUGUUUGGAGUAAGUUUGCCUAAAGGAGAGUUUUUUCAUUAAAUAAAGAAAAUACCUCCCGAAGAGACUCCCCGUGACCCCCGCGGCUGCAGCUGACAUGCCGGGCUUCCCAGUGAAGGUCGUCAGUGUGUUUGCAAUUAAAAUGUUUGUGUUAGAUAUUAAUAACGAUAAUCUUUACUUAAGUCCCCAGCCAAAGCAAACAGGGCCCUGGAAUCACAAAAUCAAAGGGCAAUAACUGGGUAAAGACAAGAGGUUUGCGAUUUAAUGAAGUCUUUUUCCGGAGGGACCACGCACAAAGUCAUCGAAGUUUUUACGCAAACGCAAGCGCCCCUGCCGCUCCCUCCUCCCCACUGCGGGCUGGAAUCCCAUGCUCAACACAGCUUCUCUCGCUUCUACCUGCUCCGCUCCCCUGGGAACCAACCACCUGCUCUCCACCUCAGGAGCGGAGGGAUGCGGGGCUCCGCGGGGCGGGGUGCCCGGCCCGGCGUGGCACAGCUCCGCCGCCCGCCCGAGCUCUUCAAAUACUUUUGGAGAAAAGCACGUUUCUUAACAGCCCCAGCUCCUCUGAGUUAAGAGUCAAAUUUGCGAGCUGAAGCUGUGCAUGCCAGGAGAGCAGGAUUGAGGGGCUUGGCGUUGUGCACCGGGAAAACUACAGUGCAUGCUUGGAGAGAACCCAAGCAUGCACCAACCCAGAAAGGUGAUCGGAACUGCAACCGGCACUUUAAAGAUCAAGUUUAUUUGUGCACGAAGCAUAAAUAUGUAAACAGGUCUAUUUGAGCCAGCGCGAACGCAGUAAAUGAAAUUGUGUGUGUGUGUUUGUGUAUGUCUGUGUGUGUGCACGGCACAGCCCAGUGAAGAGUUCAAGUUACCGCUGAGCAGAACCCCUCCUGACUGAUGCUGUCUUAGGAAAACAGUAGGGAACUGUCCUGUUUCAGAUGUGGCCCAACAAAACAGCAACCUGCACCUCAGAGUGGCAGAAACCCGAAAUUCUGAGCUUUCCCAUUCUGUGACUUUACUCCUUUAUCAGCUCCCUGCUUUUCAUACAGUAUUCAUUUCAAAGGGGCUCCCCGUGUUUAUGGCCCCAAAUAAACCAAAGCAGUGCAGAUGUAGCAUUCCCCAGCUUUUAGAUAAUUCUGCAGCCUUUCAUAGGAAGAAGGGUGUGUGCAUGGUUGCUUUGUAGGAAAAAAAAAAUUAGCCUAAGAGUGGAAAUCCGCCUUUGGGGGCUUGGGGGUGGUGGGGAAACAAGGAUGGGUUCCCUCCAGCCCCAGCACAGGCCGAGCUGCUUGCCUUUCUCCGCCUUGUCCGUGCGGAUCGGAGAGCUUCCCGGCCGUGUGCUGCCACAGGGCAUCUCUCUCAGGAGACACUUCCCUACCGGCCUUGCUCACUUGAUCAGCGUCUCCCGGAGACAAGCGGCUCGCCGUGCCACCACAUCACCUCUUCCUGAAGAGAGGCUAACUGAAGGCGCCUUUUUCCUGGGCACAAAACCCGCCCUCCAUAGCGUUUGAACCGCUGCUGGGUCAUUUGCUCUCCGCUUGAGUUAGCCUAGGUCACAUAAUUUUAUUCCCAGGUAGGGGAGGUUUCCUUUGCCUUCUCAUAAUAUUUUCCUCAGCUACAAAAGCCACCUGGACGAAACCAAAGGAUUCCUGCGCGUUAGCAAAUGCCUGUUAAAUGGCUUCAUUACCACUCUAAUGACCCUUGCACCGCUCCGCUCGGCUACUGCUGCGGCUGGGGCUCUGCAAGGCUUUUGUCCCCUUGUGUAAAGUUACUUAGGGAUUGCGGGGUUAGAAAUUUUACACUUCCAGGAGGGGUUUGUUGCACUGGCAGCUGGGACGCAUCUGUAACGGUACAAGUUUGCCUAAAAGCAGAAAAUUAGCAGCCCAAGGCACUGCUUGACUGUUGUGUCCCUAGCAGCUUCAGGUCACAAGAGAAGGAGAAAGAAUGGGUAGGGGAUUUGUCUCGGAGCAAACACAUACACUUUCCUUUUGUGAAUACCUUUCCUUGUGAUCCGAUCCGGCAGCACUAAAAUCUGGUUUUCCCUCCUCCUCGUCUCUCCUGGCCACAAAUAGCUGUGCAUUGCUAUACCCCAAUUUGUAAAUUUGAGCGGUUGGUGGCACGACGUUAAUUACUGGACAAAGCGCUCCUCGAGAUAAAUAAACACAUCUUAGGUCUAAGAAGAAGGUUGUAAUUUUUCAGGUUAGACCUGGAUCACGGGAUGUGGGAAAUAAAGAUGUGGAAGUAGACACUAUAGGUGUCUUCCCCGAGGAAACGUGUGAUGGGAAACGGGACAUGUGAACACCGAGACGAGGAAGGGCUCAGUAGGAGCCACUGACAAGUGGUUAGUGCGUGUCCACUGUGCCUCUUUCUCUUUCCAUACCAAACUGCAAAUUCACAGACUUGGUUGGAAAUUCGGAGCUGUCGCAACCAGUGCUUGGGAGGUCGUUCAUUAGAAAAGUGCCCAUCUCUCGGCGCUCCAAAGGAGCGGUGCGGAGCAAAUCGUCUCCUGGGGACUGGAGGGGGCUUGUCCAGACAGCUCCCGGCAGGGGCUGUGGUGGGAUAUGCUAAUAAAGACUGGCCUCUGCGGACCAGCCUCCCUUUCCAUGUAUAUAUAAGGGCCCCCCGCAUCAGCCGGAGGACACUUGGUCUCGAGUCCCUAAUUACGGAGGAAAUUGCCCCAGCGCGCUGCGGAGCGCCUCGCCGAGAGCCAGUGGCCGCCGUUCCGUACUGACGCCUCCGCAGCAGGGAUGGAGGUGAUGGACAGCUGCAAGUUCUCCCCGUCCGAGCUCUUCUAUGACAGCUCCUGCCUCUCCUCCCCGGAGGGCGAGUUCCCCGAGGAUUUCGAGCCCAGGGAUCUGCCUCCUUUCAGCGCCCACGAACCCCCCGAGCCCGCCUGCUCCGAGGAAGAGGAGCAUGUCCGAGCUCCCACUGGCCACCACCAAGCAGGUCACUGCCUCAUGUGGGCUUGCAAAGCUUGCAAAAGAAAAUCCACCACAAUGGACCGGCGGAAGGCAGCCACCAUGAGGGAGAGGAGGAGGCUGAAGAAAGUGAACCAGGCUUUUGAGACCCUGAAGAGAUGCACCACUGCCAACCCCAACCAAAGACUCCCCAAAGUAGAGAUCCUGCGAAACGCCAUCAGAUACAUCGAGAGCCUCCAGGAGCUCUUGAGGGAACAGGUAGAAAACUACUAUCAUCUGCCGGGACAGAGUUGCUCCGAACCGACCAGUCCCACUUCCAGCUGCUCCGAUGGGAUGGCCGACUGUGGCAGCCCCCUUUGGUCGGCGAGAGGCAGCAGCUUCGACGGCGUCUACUGCGCCGAGAUGGCCCACGGGUACGCCGCCGAUCAGAGCAGCGCCCUGUCCAGCCUGGACUGCCUCUCCAGCAUCGUGGACCGUCUCUCCCCGGCGGAGGAGCCAGGGCUGUCCCUCCGCGACGCUGACUCCCUCUCGCCCAGCGCCAGCAUCGACUCGGGGCCGGAGACGCCCGGGACGCCGCUGCCCCGACGGACCUACCAAGCGCUAUGAGGGGCCGGAGGGCCGGCACUCCGCGCCUGCCGCCAGGGCCGCCUCCCGCGCUCGGCCGCCUCCUGCAAGCGCUUCUCGGGCGAGAGAGGCCGCCCCGGAGCGCCUUGGGCCGCUGCUCCCCUCUGGGGCUGCAGGCAAAGCGCCGCGCCGGCCCCCGGCCAGGGAUUUGCCGCACCCCGGCAGGGCAGGCGGACCCCGGGGCUCGGGACACACGCGCUGCCCUGGAAUCCCCGCUGCAAAUAAAACGUGCUGUCAGA